UCGCACCGCAGCAGCAGCAGCAGCAGCAGCAGCUGGUGCAGCCGAGGAGGCGACUUUGUUACCGCGGAGCCACCGGAGAGGAAACGGCAGAGCGAAAUCUCUCGGAAAAAGUGUCAGCGGUUUGGGGAAAACGGCUCGACCGAACGCCCGGCGCCGGGAUUUGGCGGUGGCGGCGGUUUUGCGAACUUGUCGGCGGGUUUGAACUUUGGUUUUUGGUCGAAAAAAAAAGAGAGGUCUUUCUCAAAGUUGAGCCGAAGAGGAGUUCUCUCAUUCAGGAUGUCGGACUGAGACAAAGGGGUCUGGGGGGCAUUCCCGUCGGAGCGCAGGUCAAACUUGAUUCUUGAAGUCCCCUCUGGAUGGGAAAGAUGGAGAGGGAGUUGCAAUGGUGGAAAGGACAGCUAGCUGCAGAUAUCCAUCAGUCUCUCCGCAUCAAGGAGCUGAAGUUACCGGUCUACCGGGCCCACUCUCCGCAGAUUGGCAUGCGACGGUACUUUGCAGACUUGUUGGCCAUCCUCAGUAAUCGCUACCAGCUAUGUCCUACAGCACGUCACCUGGCCGUCUACUUGCUGGACUUGUUCAUGGACCACUACGAUGUGGCCGUCAAGCAGCUCUAUGUGAUUGCCCUCUCUUGUCUGCUCCUAGCUAGUAAAUUUGAGGAGAAAGAGGACCGAGUUCCCAAAUUGGAGCAGCUGAACUCUCUGGGUUUUAUGUGCAGCCUGAACCUGGUUCUCAACAAGAGGGAUCUGAUCAAAAUGGAGCUUCUGCUGCUGGAGACCUUUGGCUGGAAUCUGUGCAUGCCCACACCCGCCCACUUUAUUGACUAUUACCUCCAUGCUUCGGUGCAGGAGGGCGACCUAUACAACGGCUGGCCCCUCUCCUCCCUCUCUAAGACCAAGGCUUUCAUGGACAAAUACACUCACUACUUUCUGGAAGUCUCCCUGCAAGAUCAUGCCUUCCUGAGUUUCCGACCAUCCCAGGUCGCUGCUGCGUGUGUGGCAGCAUCUCGCAUUUGCCUUCAGAUUUCCCCAAGCUGGACGACUGCUCUGCAUCUGCUAACAGGCUACACCUGGGACCACCUCACCCAGUGCAUUGAACUUAUGCUGCUUGCUCAUGACAACGACGUUAAGGAGGCCAACAAAACCAAAUCCACUCCUCCUCACCGACCCUCCUCCCUGCAGUCUCAGCCCCAGACCUCUCAUCUCUCUCCAGUGUCAGCCAUCCAGAGACCAGCCUCCUCCUCCUCCUCCUCCUCCUCCUCCACUUCCUCCACACCACAGCUGCUCUUUCAGGCCGAUGGCUUCCCACACCUUUCCCAGCAUUCCCCUUCCCUGUCCCAGCUGCAAGCGCUGGCUGACUCUCAGGCUCUGGGGCCUGUGGUGAACAUGUCUCAGGACUUCCUUCAGAGCCACAGGAUGGGUCUGCUAACUGGGGCUCCCUCCAUGACUCCUGGGAGUGGGUUCCCAUCCUACCCGAGCCUGACCUCUGGUCUUCAGCCGGGGGCCCGCGCGCUGCCGCUCCAGGGCCCGAUUUCUGUGCAGAUGGCCCUCACUGGAGAGCCGCGACACUGUCUGAGUAUGGCCUACAGCGGGGGCUACCUGGGGGCUCAUCACACCUUCACAGCUGGCUGCUUUGACAGGUGACGCCAGGAGACGGAGAGGGAUCGCAAACCCCCGCGGGAGCGUACGGCUGUGCUUCCUUCCCAGCUCCCGACCCUGAAACAUCCACUUACAGACCUCCUCUCUCUCUCCGUCGGCACCGCAACACCUUCAGCAUGUCCAACUCCCCAGUCCCUGACACAGAGACGCCUCAAACGCAAGCAGAGGUCCAAAGGCAAGACAGACCCGGUGGAAGUCAUCACACUGACGUGACAAACACUCCACUGACUCAUAUGAAAUACUUAGGCAUUGCAAAAAUGUUAUUGCCAUAUUCUGAACUGGUUUUAUAAAUCUGUGUUAUUAUGAGACUGCCAUCACUGUGAAUGAGAUGAAAGCAGCAGUUGGAUCUAACACCCACCUCAUUCAGUGCCUGUUCUCAGUUGUGUGAUAGCUGAGCAAAUUUUGGAUGAUGUGCACAGAACUUAAAGUGUCUGUAAUAAGGAUAUCUUGCUGCUUGACAUAUAUAUAUAUAUUUUUUAUUUCUAAUCCCAAAAAAUGAACACAUUUAAGAGAGAAAAAUUGGCUGGUUUCGUUUCUUGAGCCACCAUUUGAGAGAUAUAGAAGAAGAAACAGAGGCUUGUUGCUGACUUGGCAAGAAACAAAAAGGGGUAUGUAUGUCGGUGAACGUUUUGGUUGUGUGUCCUUAAAGUCAGUGAUCAUUGAUCUAAUGCCUGUAAGCUCUGUUAGAGCUGAAGGACCCCUCUGGGAAUUCCUCACCACAUAAGACCUCAGAGGGACGACCAAGUCAUUGUUUUGUGCACAGCAGGUGCACAAAAAGCUUGAACACGCCUGCAGUGUUUCAGUUUUUGCGUUCCUCUUCUCUGUGUCCUUGUCAUCUCUUCUCUCCAUCCUCCAAAGUCGAGCCUUGUGGCAGAGCUGUCACACACCUGGGCGAAAAUGUGGCUCUGUUGAAGCUGCAGGCUUUGUCAUACUAAAGUUUUAAUUUCUCCAGCGUCCACCACUCGAAGAAUUGAACACUAACUGAUGUGACUGGACCAGCAUGGUGAAGGAGACGUGGACGCUGGUUGUGUAUUGUACAUAUGAAUUGCUGCUGCCUUCUUAUGAACUGUUGGUUCUGUGUCUGUGUUUAUGACUCCAAUGUUUACAUGAACCACUAAGUAUCAGGGACUUGAACAAGAUUACUUGAAUAUGAUGCCAUUGAAACAUGCCAUAGCUUUUAUUUAUGAUGACUAAUUUUCUUCUUCUUCUUGAUUUUAUUUUUAUAAUUCAUUUGGUUUGAUAUAGAGUAGCUUUUUUAUAUCAACAUAGAAACACCCCAUUGAUUAAUUAUAGUUUUCUUUGUACCUGUUCAUAGAAACUGUAUAUUCAGGCUCAGGUUUUAAGGCUGAAACUAGCAGCCCUUUCAUUAUUCUGUGCUAUUAUGCUUUAAAGUGGAUGCUAAUGCAGCAUCUGUGGGGUCUGAAAUGUCCCCCUUUUUCAUCACUGGACCAUACUCUACUUACAACUCAGUAACUGAAUGCACAAAACAGUCUGUUUGCAUCGCAGUGGAACAACCUUGUGGUCACUGGUUUCACACACAAACAUCUGUAGCCAGUCGUCUGUAAUUGCUUCCAAGAUUUCUAAAGCUGCGAUCCCCAAUCUUCCAUUUCCUGUUAAAGUAUAAACACAUCCAGAUUCCCAGUGUCAGUUGCCCACUGGUUACCACGGUUACUUUAUAUCAGCAUGGACCCCAACUUCCGGGAUGUCAUUGACUGAACUUCGACUGAAUUAGGGCCGUAACUAACCAUUGUUUUCACUGACGAUGAAUCUGUUGAUUAUUAUUUAUUAAUUGUGUUGUGUAUAGCAUUUAUCAAAGUAGUGAAAAAUACCCGUUGUUACCAAUUCAAAUAGCUUUCUUUACCCAACCAACAUUCAAAAACUCAAAGAUACUAAAUUUAUUAUCAUAUUUGACAAAGCAGAGCGUGAAAUUUUCACAACUGAGAAGCUGGAAAUAGGAAAUGUUUGUAUUUUUUGCCAUAAAAUGACUUAAUAUUCUGUCAGUCGACAAAUCCGAUAAUGGAAACCAACGCCUGCUCAGAGUUGUAGUGGGAAAUUCUGAGCUUGUUCUUGAAGAAAUUAUUAAUAACUCAGAUAUAAUGCUUGCUUAAACUUUAAACUGCUUGUAGUUUAAAGUUGCAUUUCAAGCAGUUAAGCUGUGGACACGGGACAUCUGUUCUGCGCUGUCCCCAGCAGCUGUCAUGCUUGAGCUGUGAACCUUUCAUAGUGAAGACGUGCAUCUCUCAGAUAACACUACAUGACACCUUCUGAAUACUGCAACACUCAGACUAACAUAAUCAUGAACCACCAGGUCUUUUACAGGCAGUUAUGUUUGUUUUCCCACCCCUGAAAAGGACGUGAAAUGAACUACGAUACUAUGCCUUUGUUUUUCUAACUUUUAUGUACAGUUAUAUUUUAUUUUUUACAUUCCCUUUGUUUUCAUUGUAUUUUUAGUCAAAGAUUUUUGUGAUUCUAUUGAUGAAUGCUGUUGGUGUGAAUUAGAUUUCUUUUUUCUUAGAGUUCAACUUGCUCUUUUCCUCAAAAUCCAUGAGCAACUUCUCACUGAGGUGUCAAAGGUGCAAUAUAUUGUUUUGUUUUGUUUUUCAGUUUAAACUGACCACAGCCAUCACUGUCUCGUGUACACCACUGGUUCAUCUUUUUGUAACUUAUUUUUGAUAAUUGUGUGAUUUGACUUGCUGUAGCUUGGUUUCCUCUAGAAGGCAGUGGGCUCUGAAGACAAUGAAUAUGUUGCAUAUUGCAGCCACUUCCUUUGAGUGAUAGAUAUUACUGAAUGCUUUUGUCUUUUAGCUAGAGGUUUACUGUGCAUUUUUCCGUCCCGUGAAAGGUGCUGAUGUCACUCACACCAAACAACACUUGUCUAAUGUGAUAUUAAUGAAAUGACACCACAAACUUCCACUUAACAUUUUUAUAUUAUUUUGUACCAAUCUGUAAUCUUGGUUUAUGUGACACUGAAUGAUAAAAGGAAUACUUUUUUCAUAAUGUGCCAUGGAAAAAUAAACACACAAGUGAACUGAG